GCCCGGCCAGCCGAGGGCCCCCAGCGCGAGGAGCCGCGUCCGGACCCAGGAAAUGCCCUCGUAGCCAAACGCCACGGGAUGGAGGGCUUCAUGGACUCAGGGACACAGACGGACGCUGUGGUGGUGCUGUCCUUGGCUCAGGCUGCAGUGCUGGGCCUGGUCUCAGAAAAUGAGCUCUUUGGAGCCACCAUAAGUGCUGAGGCCUUCUAUCCAGAUCUAGGGCCAGAACUGACUGGGACAGCCAUGGGGGAGCCAGGACCACCAGGGCCCGACAUCUAUCAGCUGGCCUGUAAUGGGCGGGCCCUGGAAGAGCCCCCAGAAGAGGAGGUGCUGGAGGUAGAGGCGGCCUUUGAGAAGCACACCCGGAGGAAGACACGGCCCCCUGUGAGGCUGGUACCCAAGGUCAAGUUUGAGAAGGCAGAAGAGGAAGAGGAACAGGAGGUAUAUGAGGUGUCUGUGCCUGGUGAUGACAAAGACCCGGGCCCUGCAGAAGCCCCUGCUGAGGUGGCCAGCGGCGGCUGCGAGGCCCUGGUGCAGAGCAGUGCUGUCAAGAUGAUCGACCUUAGCGCCUUCAGUCGCAAGCCCCGGACACUCCGGCACUUGCCGAGAACUCCAAGGCCAGAGCUGGACAUGGCCCCAUUCGAUCCUCCUUUCCCGGACCCAGCCCGGGAUGGCUUCCCCGAACCCAGCAUGGCACUACCUGGACCAGAGACUUUGCCCACUGAAUGUAGUUUUGAGCCGCCCCACCUGGCCCCCCUGAGCAAUCCUGAGCCUCCCAACAUGACGUCGACAGAACUCGUCAAACCAGAGCAGGGCUUCGUGUGGCAGGAGUCCAGCGAGUUCGAGGCUGACACAGCAGGCUCUACGGUGGAGCGCCACAAGAAGGCACAGCUGGACCGGCUGGACAUCAACGUGCAGAUCGAUGACUCCUACCUAGUGGAGGCGGGCGACCGGCAGAAGCGCUGGCAGUGUCGCAUGUGCGAGAAGUCCUACACGUCUAAGUAUAAUCUGGUGACGCACAUCCUGGGCCACAACGGCAUCAAGCCACACUCAUGUCCCCACUGCAGCAAGCUCUUCAAGCAGCCCAGCCACCUGCAGACGCACCUGCUGACGCACCAGGGCACGCGGCCCCACAAAUGCCAGGUGUGCCACAAGGCCUUCACUCAGACCAGCCACCUCAAACGCCACAUGCUGCUGCACUCGGAGGUGAAGCCCUACAGCUGUCACUUCUGUGGCCGCGGCUUCGCCUACCCUAGCGAGCUCAAGGCCCACGAGGUAAAGCACGAGAGUGGCCGCUGCCAUGUCUGUGUCGAAUGCGGCCUAGACUUCUCCACCCUGACCCAGCUCAAGCGCCACCUGGCCUCCCACCAGGGCCCCACCCUCUACCAGUGCCUGGAGUGUGACAAGUCCUUCCACUACCGCAGCCAGCUACAAAACCACAUGCUCAAGCACCAGAAUGUGCGGCCCUUCGUGUGCACUGAAUGUGGCAUGGAAUUCAGCCAGAUCCAUCACCUCAAGCAGCAUUCCCUCACCCACAAGGGUGUGAAGGAGUUCAAGUGUGAGGUGUGUGGUCGGGAGUUCACCCUGCAGGCCAACAUGAAACGCCACAUGCUGAUCCACACCAGCGUCCGGCCCUACCAGUGCCACAUCUGCUUCAAGACCUUUGUGCAGAAGCAAACCCUCAAGACCCACAUGAUUGUGCACUCGCCUGUGAAGCCGUUCAAGUGCAAGGUGUGCGGGAAGUCCUUCAACCGCAUGUACAACCUGCUGGGUCAUAUGCACCUGCACGCAGGCAGCAAGCCAUUCAAGUGCCCGUACUGCUCCAGCAAGUUCAACCUCAAGGGAAACCUGAGCCGGCACAUGAAGGUCAAGCAUGGCGUCAUGGACAUCAGCCUGGACAGCCAAGACCCCAUGAUGGAGCUGGCAGGCCCCGACCCCUCUGAACUUGACAACCAUCAGGAGAUGGAGGACUUCGAGGAAAACGCGUACACCUACAGCAGUGUGGACGGCAGCGCAGAGGCCAGCACCCUCACUGAGCAGGCCAUGAAGGAGAUGGCCUACUACAAUGUGCUAUAGCAGGCCGCUGAGUGGGUGGGGAGGGCAGGGUGAGACCCACACGCCGAGGGCUGCCCUUCUGCAGCCCAGAACCAAGCUACUGCCCACUGCCCAGCCCUCCUCCCCCAACCCUCAGUCAUUUGCACCACUAGGGACCUUUAGACCAAAUGGAGACUGUACUACUGUCCUUGCAGGGAGCUGGGCACAGGCCUAGGCAUCCCGGUGAGGGAAAGGUAACCAGGAGGUCCACAUCUGGUUCUCCUUGGCCUGCUGCUGCUGGUGGGUAGGGGAAAUGCUAGUGAGGCCUCUUACAGGCACAGACUUAGAGGUCUUCUCCAAGCCACCUCAGGCAUAGAGGCGCUCUCCAGGAAGAGAACGCUUGAGCCAGGUCUUGUCUCUCUUCUGCACCGACUCUGGCCUUUAAGGACAUCUGAGCCCCUGCACUGGCCAGCACUGCCCACCCCCACCCUGCUCAGACCCAAGAACCUCUUUCCCUUCCCCCACCACUCAAGAGCCAGGCAGGGCACUCCGCCUUCUACCUCCUGGGCCUCCCACUUGCUCCUGGCAGGUAUGCAUGCGGCCCUAGCCCUGGCCCUGCCUGUAGGAGAGCAGGGGAGUCCAGCCUCCAGAGCACCCCCCCCCCCUCCAGCCAGCCUGCAGAGCACCCCUGCCCCAGCCCCGUUUGAAAGAGUGUCCCUAAUGUGCAUUUCAACAAAUUUCAUCCAGGUCUGUUCCAAGCUAAGGUACCAACCAGUGUCCUCACCAAACAAGACCAGGACAUUGCCUUGUGUCUGACAAGCAUUAACAAAGACAGGUGGAGGCCCCUUGAGCCGGGGAAGGGCAGGGUGACACAUCUCUGGGACCAAGAGGCUGUCCAGGGGGAAGCCAAGGAAGACCACCCUCGGGAAGAGGGGAACUAGAACGUUUUGGUUUUGUUUUUUUAUAAGCAAGGAGUGGGAGAGCUGAGGCUCAGAAGGCUCUAAGAGCAACAUAUUUAAUUGAAGACCACGGUGGGGGGGUCUGUCUUGAACAAGUGAAGAUAUUUUAAGGUAAUUUAUGUUUUCCUUUCCAACUCUAUCUAUCCUCUUUGAUGGAGAGGUUUUUUUUUUUUUUUUUGUUUUUU